UUUAUGGAUUGUUGAUAUUUUUUUAUGUUGGGAUUAAUUUCGUUUGAUAUAAAAUGGAAUAAAUCAAGACAUUAGUGCUAGUCAAGACUGUCAAGAGUAGACAAUCGAAAAUGAAGAAUCUGUCGAUAAUUUUCCUGGCAAUUGCCUUCACACAGGUUGUCUCUGCAGAAACGUUACCAGAACUACUUGAAGACUUCAAUUCCAUCAUUGAAAACAGAGUUUCCGAAGUAGGACAACUCAUUGGUCUCAUCGGAAAAGAGAUCGGCCAAACAUAUGGAGAAAUUGAUAAGAACAUCAAAGAAUCCGCCUCUAACCUUAAGAAUGCAAUUGACAACAUAGAAAAUUUGAUAAACGUAUCUAUUUCAAGGGCUGAAGAACUGAACCAGAACGUUGAUGACUGCGUUUCUGCUGCCAGAUCCACAGUGUCCACUUUGACUAUAGAUGCUCUUCAGAAGUGUGGUUUGAGCAACGAGCUCAUCAACGUUCAGAAACUCAUGCCAAAAAUCUCUGUGAUACCUCGUCAACUUGGUACUUUGAUACCCAAAUGCAUGACAGGUAUUCAAAAUGCUGCUACCUUGAGAACCUGUUUGGGUCAAGGAUUAGAACGUAUUGAAAAUGAUGUCAACUCAUUGAACUCCGAUGCUAGGACAUUAAUCGAAAAUGCAGUAGAAGCAGCUAGAUCAUGCAUAGACAGCACCAAAGCUGAUAUUGACAAUGCCAUAUCUAACAUCACUAAUACUUUGAAUGACUGUGUUAAUAGUGAACUGAAUGGAUGAUCUUCAGCUUUCCGUUUUCUGUAUAGAAAUAAUAAUGUUAAGUGAAAUUAAUCUCCUAAGGGAAGUGUAAAAUAAAGUGAAUUCAAACACA